CAGGGCCUUGCAUUUUUUCCCAGUUUACUACAAACCCCAGUUGCUGCAGUAAAUUUACCAGUUCAGUUUUAACCAGUUCGCACUCCUCUAAGGAAUUUGUUUUAACAAGAAAAUCAUCUAAAUAAACAACAAUUUUACGUCCACGCCGACGCAGUAUACGUGCAACGGCUGUGGAUAUCCGCUGAAAAAUAGAUGGUGCGUUGGCGAGACCGAAACACAAAAAACAAUCAACAUAAUAAAGCGAAACAUCAUUGUUGAAUGACCAACGAAAACCCUGCAGUUGUCUAUGAUCGGGCCGUACCGGUACUGACCGAUAGGCGGAUUUGUUUUCAACGAAAAGUUGUGCUUAAAUAAAAUGGCCGCACACCGUCUUACGGGCUGCGAGAAAGCUUAUUUCAAAUUGAAGCAACAGCUAACAAACUUGCGACCAGGAUACGCAUUUUCCACAGCUGAAUCGAUUUUUGAAGCGACGUUAGGUGGUAUCAGCUGUUUCGGUGCUGAACUGAUAGGUCCCGACCCAUCCAUCGACAAGUUUCGCCUGAAGUUUUGGAAAAGUCAUUUCGAACUGAAGACGAAUGCACCCCACGACGCACUGUACUACCUUACAGGAUCUUAUCCGUUACAUUUCCGUGCGAUCAAAAUGCAGUUACAGUUCAUUAAAAAACUUCUGCGCUAUCCGAAUGAUUCGCUUUUAAAAGCAGCGCUGGUUGAUAGUGUAAUGAAUGGAGUAAAAAGGAAAAAGGUUUGGCUGCGCCGAGCAUUAAAACACUUGGCGGUUGUAAAAAACUUUUCGUGGAAGUCAUCAGAUAUUUUGUUUGAUGAACUGAAAAACUUAAACGUUACAAAAACUAUGUCCUUAAUUGAAGUAAAAUUUCAGGAAACACUCGCAGAGCGACUGCGAGCUAACACCGCUCGAAGCGGUCGGUUGUUCUUUUUGUUCCAGGUGUAUCCAAAAAGACCAUUAACUGCGACUCGACUUCCCCUUCCUCCAUACCUUUUGAAGGCUCUGUUCACCCUGCUUACUUCGGGUCAUCAUUUCCGGAUAGAAACUGGACGAUGGAAUGGAACUGCGCAUGAUGAGCGACUAUGCCCCUACUGUGAUGUGGUGGAUACGGAGGAGCACAGUUUUUUCGUGUGUCCGGCGUUCGAACCUCGUCGACAGCUAAUCUGGUCCAAGAUCGAAAACCUAAGACCGGAAUGGGCGACGCUGAAAAGUUCUUUUUUUAAUGUUUUGAGACAGGGUGUGUUUUUCACUGACACUGAUAAAGAAUUGUUGUUUUGGAUUACCAAAUUUAUAUAUUUCGUUCUUAAAGAUGCUCGCGAUGUACACAACGGUACCUUAUGUUUGUUACCUUACCUUUACUAAAACGCUCCGAAGUUAUUUAAAUAACUAAAGUUUUUUUUUUCUCUUCAUAAUAUUUUUUAUCCUUUUUCUGACAUGCGACAUCAUAACAAUGGUGUCUCUACCAGAC